GUGUAUACAAGCGUAACCUGUCAUAGUGCUGAGAGAAAGGAACGUGAGAGGGUCCGUAUUGUCGACUUUUUUGUUUUUGCGUUGUCGUUAUGCAGUUUUUAACGCUAGAGUUUGCGCCACAGGGAGUGUAAUAACAUCUAUUUGUACGUAUAUUGUGAAGUGUAGUGUGAACUGUGUGCUGAGAGUCAGUUAGCCGUGUAGCUGUGAGCUAGCUCGAACAUUCCAGCCCACUGAGAGGGUUUGUUUCAUCAGCCGUCUCUCACUCAGUCUCGUUCGUCUAAGAAGCGUCGUUUAAAGCUCCUUGUUUCUAUUUAGAUGGCAAGCUUUCCAGAUUUUGUCAACGAAAAUGAAAUAGAUAAAGCUAAGUUCAUUGGAGAACUUUUAGCUCCUGUGGCUCCGUUUGACCAGAAGUCCGGACGGGAGACAUGGACUGUAGCUUUUGCUCCUGAUGGUUCCUAUUUUGCUUGGUCUCAAGGACACCGCAUUGUACGGCUCAUACCAUGGUCAAAAUGCAUGAGCAACUUCUCCGUGAGGAAAGAGGAGUGGCUAAAUGGUGCAGGACCCAGGCGUUUGUCUCGGCAAGGUAGCGAUGGUGCCCAAGUGCCUGGUGAGCCCCGAGAGCACACCAUUGACUGUGGUGACAUUGUUUGGGGGCUGGCAUUCGGUUCCUCUGUUCCCGAAAGACAGAGCCGCUGUGUGAAUAUUGAGUGGCACCGUUUUAAAUUUGGCCAAGACCAGUUGCUGCUGGCUACCGGCCUCAACAACAGCCGCAUCAAGAUAUGGGACGUGUAUACAGGAAAACUUUUGUUGAAUCUAAUGGAUCACACAGACAUUGUGCGGGACCUAACGUUUGCUCCAGACGGCAGUCUUAUACUGGUGUCUGCUUCGAGAGACAAGACAUUGCGCGUGUGGGACCUCAAGGACGAUGGUAACAUGAUGAAAGUGCUGCGUGGACAUCAAAACUGGGUGUACUGCAGUGCCUUCUCCCCAGACUCCUCAGUGCUGUGCUCUGUGGGUGCAGGCAAAGCGGUGUUCCUGUGGGACAUGGAUAAGUACACUCUGAUUCGUAAGCUCGAGGGCCACCAUAAUGAUGUGGUGUCCUGUGAGUUCUCUUCAGAUGGAGCCUUGUUGGCCACAGCCUCCUAUGACACCCGUGUGAUAGUGUGGGAUCCUCACACAGCCACUAUAUUGCUCGAAUUAGGGCACCUUUUCCCUCCUCCUUCUCCUAUAUUUGCAGGGGGAGCAAAUGACCGCUGGGUUCGUUCUGUGGCUUUUUGUCAUGAUGGCCGCCAUAUUGCCAGCAUCACUGAUGACCGGUUGGUACGCUUUUGGAGCAUCGAUGAGAAAUCUCCCCAGGCCGUUGCCUCACUCACUAAUGGCCUCUGCUGUGCCUUCUCCACAAAUGGAAGUGUUUUAGCUGCUGGUUCACGUGAUGGCGGUGUUCAUUUCUGGGAGUGUCCUCGCAGUGUCGCCAGCCUUCAGCACUUGUGUCGCAUGACACUGCGAAGAGUACUGUCCACACAAAAAGUCUACGCACUGUCUAUCCCUCAAUGCAUGCAAGAUUACUUGGCCUACAGGAGCUUCUAGCUUCUAACAGGCACAGCGGCAAACUGUUAAAUCAAUAAUACAGCCUUUAUAUGAAAACUGGGUGCUGGAAGGAUUGAGGACAAGAAAAAAUAAAUAAAUAAAUAAAAAGAUUGAGGGGGAAAAAAGGCAGUGAUACUCUGUUAAUAGGCUCUAAGCUGUACGUAAAGAUAUCACUGCUUUAAGUAAUUCUUUGUAAGUGUUAUAAAGCUGCUUGCACAUUACCCUGUCAGUACCUUUUUUGCACACUAAAACUUAAGCCUUCUCGUUUGCUCCUUCACCCAUAUCAGCUAGUGGCCUUUAGACAGCCUUAUCGUCUGUCACUUUUUUUUUUUUUUUUUUUUUUUUUUCUUUUUUCCCCUCCCCCCUUCUUGGUCCUGGCACAACAUUUUGUGCAAAAGCCUACGGUGCAACUUUUAAGAAUGACAUAUCUGUAAUAUCUUCUUUCUAGCAGGAUAUGUGAAUGUUGGCUGACCUCAAGUGGGGUUCUCUCAAAAGAACUUCAGUGAUUUUGGAGAAAGGGUUGGAAAAGUGAGAGUGUUGGAAUGAAAGAGUUGCAUACUUUUUCUACGUGUAUAGUGCUGUAUGCGGUAUGUUUGAAGAGAUCAGGGAUCUAGGCAAUGCUCCCCCUCAGUGUGCCUCAAUUGCAGCAGAAAUCCUUAGUGCUGUUUGUCCACACCCAAACACUGCCUCAGUAACAACAGCCUUUUUCUCAACCUUUGUAUCCCUGACAAUGUAGUAAUGAAGUUAAUUUCUUUUUCAGAUUGUUUUUGUUUAUUUUUUAUCUGUACAGACAUUUGUAAAGAAAUGUUUUGUGUGUAAAUGUUUGUAUAUAAUUUACUUUUCCUUUUUUUUUUUUUUUCUCUGCUCAAUCUAAGAAUGUAAUAUACUUCUUUUCAUUGAGGUUAUCGGUUAUUCACUAGCAAAAGCACUAAUGUUCUCCAGACACUUCUGUGAGGUUGGCCUGCAACCUAUAUUUAUUAUAUAUGUAUGUAUAGUGCUUGUUGGUCGUCAAACAGCACACUUAUCAGAGUAGAUCUACCUCUUGGGUUGGCUCGAGUAACAUCUGAUGAAGGCUCAGUAUUUACAUGCAGUUUAACAGUUAGAGCAGUAACUCUUGUACACUAAUUUCCAAUUUUGCCUGUUUUAGCUAAUGAUCACUGAUUGAUGAUAAGCAGGGAGAAGUAUAUGCUAAAUGUAUAAGCAAUGGUUGUUAGACAAUUUGUCACUUUUUCUAUCAAUGUGCAGACAAUGAAUCUUGGCAAUAAAUUGCUUGUUGUAAUGUUGGAGCCGAUGCCAAAGAUCCGCUAGGGUUCUUCAUUGUGUUUUUGGCACUCAGUAUUGCUUUUGUUUUUUUUGUUUUUUUCUUAUCAUCCAUUUCUGGCUAAAACUUGAGGCCUUCUGUUGAAUGCUGGUUGCUUGUUCUGUGUGUAUGGGGAAAAACUGUAUCAGCACUCUGAUAAAUCAGCUGUAAUUGCAUAAAGUAGCAAAUUUCUAUAAUACAUUGCUUUCCAUUAUACAUUGAAAACAUUUUCAACUUAAGUAGUAUACAAUAUAAGCAACUGGAGUAGUCAUAAGAAUGUAUGUUUUUGAUUUUUUUUGGUGUGUAUUUUGUAGAAAAUAAAGAAAUAAAAGCUUGUUUUCAAAUAAA